CAGUUCCAUCGCAUACAGAAUUUAACAUAAGAAAACUGACAUGUUUUAGUCUUCUUUCUGCAGAUUUGAGGCUACGAGAAGAAUAAGGGAUAAGGAAGAGGAAAUGAACAAGAGAAUUAUGAGUAGUCAGGCUUUGACAGUAGAGUAUGUAAACAAAUCAAGUUGGCAUCUUUCGGUAUUUGAAUUGUCGGCAGACGCGAUUCAAGCAACCGAUGAGAAAUUUAUGAAGUGUGGAAUGGAUGGGUAUCAAAACCCUUUUGAAGCAGAACAUCUAUACCGGGUAGUUUCUCUCUUUUUUAAAAAAAUUGUCUUCAAACACAUAAUCAUAAGGGAUGGAAGAAGAAGGGUGUCUCUCUUUUCAUCUUGAAGUAGUAACAAGCAUAUAUAUAUUUUUUUCUUCCCAUCUAAAUUAGUUCUCAAUUGCCAAUAGUGUCAUGUGCCAAGUAAAUAGUUGGUGGUGAUUCUCCUUCUACCACUACUGAAUCGUAACAAUGGCAACCAUUAUGAGACUGUGAAAAACUGUAAAUGCGAGUGCCACUUCUUGCAGUCAUUUUUACUUUGAUACACAGACUGCUUAAAAGAAAAUGAUGAAUAUCAUGAGAACGUUCAUCUAUAUGGCAUAUCGAUGCUGGACCAAAAGGCCCAUCCAGGCUUUCGCUAAAGUUGUAAGACAUCCACCUGUACAGACCUGAAUAUGUAUUAUAGGAUGACGCUCAUCUUAAACAACUCAUUGUCUUUACAUUUUCUUGAAAGGUCGAAGUUGAUGAAUCAGUGACUGUAAGAAUUUUUUUCACUAACACGAUCUGGUUAGAAGUAAACAUUCAAAAUGGACACAUCAUCAACGACGGGUUAUUGACUUCCAAAAGGGAAUUUGUUUAGCACAUAAUUUCACUGAAAAUAAUCUGAAACAUUAUAUAUAUUAUUUCAGCUAAACAAGAAUAUCCAAUAAAUAAAUAAAACCAUUUUAAUAAUAUGUAUAACAAAGUUGCCAAAAUAUAAAAUAUACUUAUAACAUAAAUAAUAAGAUAAUAUAAAAAUAAAUAUCAGAAGUUAUUUUAUAAAAACAUUUUAAAUAAUGAGUACAUAUAUAUCUAAAAGCAAUAUUAUAUUUGUAUGGUUCUAGGAAAUGUUUUUACAAAAAAAACGAGGAAUCAAUGCCUAUUAAUUUAAUAGAAACAGAGAUAAUCAACUGUAAUAUAUUAAUUUAAUUUUAUUCACUAUAUAAUAACUAUUGAAAGAUGUAAAACAACUACAUUUGAAUAAACAAAUUUAGUGAUGAGAAAAACCUAUGCUUUUUAACAAGAUCAACAAAUACAAAUAGUUAAAAUUAUUAUCAGCUGCAUAAAUGAAAUUUUAGCAUAUUAAAAUAAAUAAAUUAUUUCGUUAAUUUUCAUUUAAUUUUCCUAUCAUGAAUAAAAAAUAUAAUUAAUUUAUUUUUCCCUUAAAGUUACAAAAUAUAUUCCUACUCCCUCCUGACUCUUAAAUUAAACAUAUAAAAACUGUAAUACAUACGUAAGCCAAAAAACUGGCAUCUAACACAAGUAAAAAAGCUCAUUGAUAUUACCUCAUGACAUCUACUGACAUGCACUCCUAAAAUAUAUUAUUAGUUCAUGACCCCCAAAUCUUAAAUGGCAACAACUAAUAAUUCAGACUCAAAUGAACUACCAAUUAACAGAAGAGAAUCAAAUAAAUGGAAUGCAUAAGAGAAAUUAACGUCUGAUCCCGGCGCGUAGCGCCGGAAUACCCCUAGUAACCAAUAUUCAACAGAUAUUUCAAUCACAACGUAAUCACUUUGACAAAAUAAACUAGGAGCUAGACCAUAACGUGUUCACUUUGUCAUAGUUACUGACUUGAUGUUUCAAAACGCUCUCACUCAGUCAUAAUUACCAUGCUUUUUCGCACAAAUAUAAACGAGACUGUUAAAGAAUCAAAAAUGAAGAAUCAGAGGAUUCUAUUUCUCCACACUAUACUACAUUACACAUACCAAGAACGAUUCCGUUUCAUUAGCUGAUGAAUUUUCAUAGUUCAGGAUCGUGCUUUGGUUCGGUUUAAUGAUAUUUUGUUAGCUAAACCAUAAUGUGUACGUAAUCAUUUUGACAACAACUUUGAAACCUGACAAUCUACAAACAAACAAUACUCAUUAGAAACUUGUCUAUUCGUUUUACUAACUUGACUUCUGUAACUUUGAACAUUUAAUGUAAGAAAUUUCAAUGUGAUGUCAUUCUAAAUCCAAAUUUCACGUCAGAAAUUGAGUGGCUCUUAGACAUUCUUCUUCACAAGAUACCUCAAACUUCUUCUAAGUAGACUUUUAUUCCAAUGCAAAACCACAUAUCUCUAUUUAUACCAGUUUGUUUUCUUUCACUUUUCUUUAAAACAAAUUUUCUUUAAAAGAUUUUAUGGCCACCAUGUCCGAAUGGCUUGUGCGUUUGCAUUUUCUCUUGCUAGUCUUGCUAUGUUGUGUCUCCCCUUCAAGCUGCGCCACUAUAAAAUUCAUUACAAGUGAUCCUCUUGUUGGUCUUGUCGGUUGUCAUCCCCACCAGAUUAAAGCCUUUACGCAGUUCAAGAACGAGUUUGAUGCCCGCCGUUGCAACCACAACUAUAAUGGAAUCUGGUGCAAUAACUCGACAGGUGCAGUCACGAAGCUACGACUCAGGGGAUGUCUCACCGGAACUCUAAAGUCCAACAGUAGCCUCUUCCAGUUUCACCAUCUUCGGUUUCUUGAUCUUUCUCACAACAACUUUGCCUCCUCUUCACUUCCUUCCGAGUUUGGAUAUCUCACCAAAUUAGAGGUUUUAUCUCUUUCCUUUAAUGGCCUCACCGGCCAAGUUCCUUCCUCAUUUAGUAACCUAAGCAUGCUUUCUAAACUAGACCUUUCCCAAAACGAUCUCACUGGUAGUUUCCCACUUGUGCGGAAUCUAACCAAGCUCACAGUCUUAGACCUUUCUCACAACCACUUCUCUGGAACUUUGUACCCCAACAAUAGCCUCUUUGAGUUGCACCACCUCCUCUACCUUAAUCUAGCUUUCAACAACUUCAAUUCCUCUAUCCCUUAUGAAUUUAGCAAUCUCAACCAAUUAAAAGCCCUUUCUCUUUCCUCCAAUGGCUUUAGCGGUCAAGUUCCUUCCAUAUUUAGUAACCUAACCCGGUUAACUUUGUUGUACCUCGACCGAAACAAGUUAAUUGGUAGCAUCCCAUUUUUACAAAAUCUAACCAUGCUCUCUGUUCUAAAUCUUUAUGAGAAUCACUUCUCUGGACCCAUUCCUUCUUAUCUCCUCACUAUGCCAUCCUUAACAUAUCUUGAUCUGCGUGGAAAUGACCUCACCGGUUCUAUCAAAGUUGAUUACUCAUCUAGGCUCCAAUACAUGUACCUUGGGCAUAACCAUUUUGAAGGAAAGAUCAUAGAGCCUAUCUCAAAGCUCACCAACCUCACACAUCUAGACCUUUCUUACCUAAACACAAGCUACCCAAUCGACUUAAACCUCUUCUCCUCUCUCAAAUCUUUGUUGCACCUUGAUCUUUCUGGUAACAGUAUAUCUCCAGCCAGCUUACGUUCAGAUUCAUCCAUCCCGUUGACCUUAUCAAUGGUGUUCUUCAAGCAUUGUGGAAUCAAGAAGUUCCCAAACAUGUUGAAAAAACUUCAUAGCAUGCAGUUUAUAGACCUAUCCAACAAUAGAAUCAGCGGGAAACUUCCUGAGUGGUUAUGGAGCCUUCCUCAACUAGGCACCCUAAACGUUGUAAACAACUCUUUAAACGGCUUUGAAGGCUCAACAAAAGCUUUAUUAAAUUCGUCAGUGCGGAUAUUACUUUUGGAGUCAAACAAGUUCGAAGGAGCACUCCCAAAUCUACCACUCUCCAUCACUGUCUUCUCCGCGGGUACUAAUAACUUCACAGGGGAGAUACCUCUCUCAAUCUGCACCAGGAGAUCGCUCACCGUCCUUGACCUAAACUACAAUAACUUCACCGGUUCAAUUCCUCAAUGUGUGAGUAACUUCACUUUCGUGAAUCUCCGGAAGAACAACUUGGAAGGAAGUCUUCCAGACAUGUUCUGUGUUAGUGCCUCUCUUCGGACACUUGACGUUGGCUACAAUCAACUAACCGGAAAGCUUCCAAGGUCGCUUCGAAACUGCUCCUCUCUAAAGUUUUUAAGUGUUGACAACAACAAUAUCAAAGACACGUUUCCUUUCUGGCUCAAGGCUUUACCGAACUUACAAGUUCUUACUCUCCGUUCAAACAAGUUCCACGGUUCGAUAUCUCCUCCUAAUCAAGGUCCUCUUGGGUUUCCGGAGCUACGAAUAUUAGAAAUAUCUGAUAACAAAUUUACCGGAAGCUUGCCACCAAGAUAUUUCGAGAACUGGAAAGCAGCAUCAUCAUCACUCACAGGGAAAGAAGAUGGGAGUUUAUACAUGGUGUAUGAGAAGAAUCCAUACGGCUUGAUUGCAUAUACCUUCACGGAUCAUAUAGAUUUGCGAUACAAAGGUUUGCGUAUGGAGCAAGCGAACGUCCUCACUUCGUAUAGUGCUAUUGAUUUUUCAAGAAAUCUUUUGGAAGGACAAAUUCCUGAAUCUAUUGGUCUUUUAAAGUCGUUGAUUGCACUAAACCUAUCAAGCAACGCCUUCACAGGCCAUAUUCCUGAAUCGUUGGCUGAUCUUAAGGCUCUCGAGUCUCUAGAUAUGUCCAGCAACAAACUCUCUGGAACUAUUCCCAAUGGACUUGGGAGCGUGUCGUUUUUGUCGUACAUAAAUGUGUCUCACAACCAACUCAAAGGUGAAAUACCGCAAGGAACACAAAUUACUGGGCAGCCUAAAUCUUCAUUUGAAGGGAACGCAGGGCUUUGUGGUCUUCCUCUUGAAGAAAGUUGCUUCGACACUAGUGAUGAACCUCAACCACAAAAAGAAGAAGACCAAGACCAAGAAGAAGAAGAAGUGUUGAACUUGAAAGCAGUGGCCAUAGGGUGUGGAUUAGGAGUGUUGCUUGGAUGGGCUAUAGCACACAAGUCGUAUCAUUUGUUCGUCCGUUGAUCGACUAUCUAUUAGGAAGAUUAGGCCUGUUCGUUUAAUAAACGCAAGCGACAGCGGCAAAUGCAACGCUAGAAAUAACAGCGGUAGCGGCAACUCCGGUUUACUUCCGUAGUAGCUUUAUUUAUUGCCGCUGACUGACGCUAGUUGCUGCGUAAAACGAACAUGCAUAUUGUGUCAAGUAUAGAUACAUCUGUUUAACCGAUAUGACAAGUCAUUAAUCAUAAACUCGAGCUAUGCUUUCUUUUUUCUUACAGAACACCUGUUUAUUAUCUAGAGAUUCUUGUGAUUUUCGCAGAUAUUGAUCUGGAUUUGGUUUACGUUAGAAAUUUUUCUAGAGAUGUAUUUUCUCUUUUGACUCGCAGAUAGUGAAAUUUUUGGUGAUUAGCGUUUAAUCAUUUUAGCUUACAUUUCUUCCUUCGUAGCUCUUUAAAGUCUUUAUUUUCUUAUUAGUUUUGUUGAAUACAGACUAGGAAUUUGCUCCGAAUUGCUAUUUUCAACAUCCUGAGAGAAGUAUUUCAAUGAUAAAUCCGUUUGAAAGAAAAAUAUCACUGGAAAAAAAGUUUUGUUUAUGAUUAUUUUUUAUUGUAAAAUUUCUUGCAGAGCAUAAUUUUGCAUUUCAUGGUAUUAGUGCUAAAUUAAAUGAAAAUAAUAAUGGGAAUUGUUUUAGGAUUAAUUGAAAUUUUAGUUGAAUUUGAUUGAAUUGUCUAAGAAAAUGUGGAAAGAAUAAUUGAAGAGGAUAUCUAUUUUUAUUAUCUUGGUUAUAAUAUUCAAAAUGAAUUGAUAAUUUUGAUUGCUUCUACAAUUAAAUCUGAAAUUUAAGUAAAAUAAAACAAUCAAAUAUUUUUCUAUGAAUUAGGAACUUAUGCAAAUAUUUUUUUUUGGUCGUAUUCUAUAAAGCUUCAGAGUAUAAAGUUUUAGAGUAUGAUUAGUAAUGAAUUCUCGAAGAGUUUGUCACCAUCAAAAAUAAAGAAAAAUAAUUAAAAAAGAGAAAGAAUAUAGAGGAUAACUUUUGAAAAAACUUUUUACAUCUUCAGAAAUCAAUUCUACAUGUGGUAAUUAAUUAGUGUGCCAACACUUAUAAAAAGUAAGAAAAACGGAAUAAUAUUAGUUUGUCUUUCAGAGAAAAACUUGGUGGCUUUCUACCACUAAUGUUGGCUUCUUGCAGAAUACAGAGAAUGAUUUAUAUAUACUAAUAAUGGGCUCAAUGACAAACGGCUAGGCCCAAUAUAAUUCUACCAAGCCCAAGCUUGUCACUUAAUUAAAUUCACCGUCUCCUCUGCUGGUACUAAUAAUUUCACAGGGGACUGAGGGAGGAGAUACACCUCUCUUAAUCUGCAACAAGAUAUCACUUACUGUCCUUAGAUCUAAACUACGACAACUUCACCGGUCCAAUUCCUCAAUGUGUGCGUAACUUCACUUUUUUUUGUGAAUCUCCGGAAGAACGACUUGGAAGGAGACAUGGAACAUGAUGAUCUCGGCUUACGUUCAGCGCGGUCUGAUGUCGGAAGCUCGCCAGGUGCUCGAUCAAAUGCCUGUGAGAGACGUGGUGUCAUGGAACACCAUGCUCAUAGGUCUGAAGAAAAGCAGAGAUAAUGAUGGUGAGAGAGCGUUCGGUGAAAUGACGGAGAGGAACAUCGUAACGUGGCACACAAUGUUGAUUGGGUACGUAAACAACGAGGAGAUGAGUAAAGCUAGGGACUUUUUCGAUAAGAUGAGUCAAAGGAAUGUCUUUUCUUGGACUGUGAUGAUCAAUGGUUACGUGCAGUGCACGGAGUUUAAAGUAGCCUUGUUGCUUUUCCGUGAAAUGGUUGAGUCUUGGAGUAACAGGCCGAGUCAUUACACGUUUUCGAGUGUUUUAAAAGCGUGUGCAGCUUCAUCGUCGCUUCUUAUGGGGAGACAAGUGCACUCGUUGCUGCUAAAGGAAUCUCAAGGUUGAGAAGAGAGCAUCCCGCAGCUUAUGAUGUUCUGUGUAGAGUUCAUGGCGAGAAAUGGGAUUGGACUAGUGUUAUGGAGUUGAGGAGAUUGAUGAGGAAGACUAAAGCCAAGAAACAAGACGCUAGUAGCUGGAUUGAAUAGAGCUGAUGUGAAACAGGGCUUUUUGGUCUUCCUGCUCCUUUGAAGGUAAUGCAGGACUUUGUGGUCUUCCUCUUGAAGAAAGUUGCUUCGACACCACACAAAACCAUAAGCAAAAAGAAGAAGACCAAAGUUAUCUGGAUUUAGUUUACGUUUGAAAUUUUCCAUUUUCUCUUUUGAUUCUCGCAGAUAGUGAAAUUCAUCGUUGCUUCCUAGUGAUUAGCGUUUAUUAUUUUAGCUUAGGUUUUUGAUGGUUCCUUUUCUUUAUCAUUGAUUCUAUGAUGCCCUGCAGAGGAAGUCGCUCAUGUUCUGCAUAUGUUAAACAGUAGAUGGUCCAAUGCUUGCAAGUUCUGGCGAGAUGAUGAUGAUUAGCUUGAGAAAAAAAGUGUAGUUAAGUGGUCGAUAGCUGAAUUAAUUGCUGUUUCAUGGCAGUUUACUCUAUAAUUCGCGAGUUUGUCUUAUGUUUUGAUUGAGAACUGGUUCAUAGUUCACAUGCUUUAUGAUUUUCAUAGAGAUCAGGAGUUCAUCUUGCAAAAUGGUUCCUACACUACGAUGAUCACUACAUUUUGCUUCUGCUCCAGCGCACCAUUGUGAUGAAGCUUCUGUACUAAGAUGAUGUGACAGUAUGGUUAUAGCCUUGUAAAUUCUAUCAAUCCUGGUGAUAGCACUGCAGCUUGAAUAGAGAGAGCUUCUUAACUCUGACUUCCAGACAAACGAUAAUAAUAAGCAUUUGAAUACAUUUCCUAGUUUACUGAUUAGGUUUGCACACUUGUAAUACAAGUAUGCAAGUGUACAACUUUGCCUAGGUUGCUGAUUACUGGUUAACUACAUGUACCAAAAUUAUUUCCCUCUAAUACUUGAACCAUAAGUUAAAAAUAUAUAGUCAAAACCAUAAAAAUCUCUUUAGCAUCAACAAAAAACACAUGGUAACACCAUUAUGAUUCAGACAGAUAUCUCUCGAUUGUAAACACAGAAGAGAACUGAAAAUGAGGAACCUAAAGUUUCAACACAGUAACUCCCAAAAAAUAGUUACUUGUCAGUCUCGCUACCAUCUAAUCACAAGAUGCACUGAAGUAAGGGAAAGUAUGUAUAUAUAUAAUGCCAAAUAUCUCCUAAAAAUCUCAUCGAUGCUUCCUUGCAGUCCAAGAAACUCAAGACCCCUAGAAAGAAGAAAACGUUUUGAUUAGAGAGAGAGAGAUAGACCCAGUCCAUCAAAAUCAAAUCAAAUUCAUUAUAGAGUGAACUUACUCAAUCUUGUGGUAGAUUAUCCGGUGGUGGAGCAACACGGCCAUGCUCAAAGACGAAUGCUGGCAUGAUCUCAUCUCCUGGUAAUUGAUCUGGCGGCGGUGCUGGAUUUCUCCACCCGAGAAGUGCGCAACAAUUGACGCAUGACACCUCAUGGCCGGAGAAGAGAUCGUCGUGGUAGAGAACAGGGACUUCGGCAAUCACGACAUUGUACCUGCAGACAAAAUCCUUUACAUUCAUUUUUUUUUCUUUUUCAAAUUUUAACAGUUGAAGAAAGGGAAACUUACACAAGGUAAAACUGAUAUAAGUCGAGCCAUGCAUCCAAGAGAUCUUCACUUUUUGCGAUUUGAACGUUGCAUGUAGCGCAUGUAUAGACUGGUCCGUUGUUUUCGAUCAAGAACACUCUUCCCAUAACUCCAAAACUGCAAUCAUUAACGUAUACUACUUUGACUCGGAAGAAAGAAUCCAUGGAAACGUAUACUACAAGAAACACAGAGAGUAACUCAAAAGAUUUCUAUUGCCGACAAGUUAAAGAUAUUUCUAAAUGUUGAGGUUUAAUAAAGAGAGUGAUGAUCACUUUCCUGAAACAAUACGGGAAGAAACAGAUAGAAGUUCCAAGAUUCCAAGAACAUGCGCUAAACAUUUAUAUCAGAUACUAUUAUUAAAAAGACUGAUCGGAAGAUAAGGAGAGAUCAAGAGAGAUAGACAAUCACCUUAGAGGGUGAUAUUAGCGGGAAACGCGACGAGAAAUGACGAGAGAGUCAGAGAGAGAGGGAGAAUCUCAGAGAGAAUGAGAAAGACGAGAGGGUAUUUCAAAAUUUCCCAAGGAUUUAUAUGAAUUUAAAACUUAAGGCCCAAUAAGAAAGCCCAAUACGCACGCAAAGUUUUGUCUCAUUUCUAUUUAACGU